GAGGCGACGCGAUGCGACGCAACGUAACGUAACGUUACCGACGCCACCACCACCGUCACCUCCGCGCCAGCCACCCUCGCGCGAUUUUCCACGAGCGAGUAUUCGCGACAGCCCCUGCGAGCGGAGCCGUGCCGAGCGCAGUGGACUCGCUCCGGUCGUGUCACGUGCCGCUCGCCAGAGCGAGGCUCGCGAGUGUUCUCUCUGUCCGCCCGCCUGCGUUUUUCCCUCGUCCACACGCCCGCCACCACCCUCUUUUCACCCUUUCCGUCCGCGCGUACUACCACCACCACCACCACCCUCCUCCACCACGUUCGCUCUCUCUUUCUCGCUCGUCGUCACCCUCUCUCCUCCCUCCCUCGCAGCCCCCUUUCCCGCCGCUUCUACGGUUUGCUCUCUUCCUCUCUCUCUCUUUCUCUCCCUCCCUCUGAUUUUCACCCUCAACCCUCCUCCUCGCGAUCUCACCCUCCGUCUCUCGCUCUCCCUCCUCUCCUACCUCCGACGCACUCUCCCGUCUUCCAUUCUUUCUGGUUCUCUGCGCGUUACGGCGUGAACCGUGCUGAGAUCGCGCGACAACGCGGUAAUCGGCGGCCGCCGCCGCGUCGCGGAGAAUAGUGCGAAUAAAUCGCGUCGUCCGGUCGUCGUAGCGGCACUGAGGGGGUGGUGCGCGAGCGAGCGAGCGAGAGAAUGCCGCCUACGUUUCGCGCGGUGAAAUCAUGUGGUCGCGCUCGGCUCCGGAGAAGGCAGUGACAUUUCGGACACACGUUCCGGAACGGCACGCAGCCCGGAACGCCGCCUUCCUCUCUUCCCGUUGAGAUGAUCGAGUUGGCCGUACUCGUCGCGAGGACCACUCGCGAAAGGGGCAUCACGAAGAGGGAAAGGCGUCGGAGCUGAAGAAAGAAUAGAAGAAGAAGAAGAGGAGGCGGAGGAGGUGGAGGAGGAAGAAGAGGAGGUGGUGGCGGAGGAGGAAGAAGAAGCAGCGCUCUGUGCGCGGAACGCUGGAUCGUCCGAGCGCGCGUUAUCGCUAUAACGAUAACCGCUUCGACUUUGCCGACUUGUACAUACAUACAUGCAUACAUAGAUAGAGCACACACACACACAUACACAGAUACGUACACGCGCGCGGGUGACAGGUCGAGUUACGAUUAGUGAGUAGAUAGAUCGAAGAUCGACGAAUUCGGAAAAAGUCGUGGGCAACGACGAAGAGAGAGAGAGGGAGAUCCGCGAGCGCAGUGCGUAAAAAAGAUGCACGACGUAUGGACGAUGCGCGAAGAUCGUUAAAUCGCCUGAGCCAACCGAGAGACGACCGGUUCGCUGGUCUUGCUGGUCCCCGUUCGACGAUCGAUCGCCAAUCACGAAAUUACCCGGGGGGUGAAAGAGAAAGAGAGGAAGAGAGAGAGAGAGAGAGAGAGAGAGAAACGGGCCACGCUCACCCCCGUACCUCCGAGAACAGCGUGGGACCGCGGGUAAGGAGGGAGGAGGAGGAGGAGGAACGGACGGGAAGAGAGAGAAAGAGAGAGGAUUUCGAGAAAUAAUUGUUGAGAACCGUCGGAAAUAAUGUUCCUGCCCGUCGACAGGCUGCUGCGCACCGGGGUACUGUUUCUGUUGUGGAUAGGCUCGAGUCGCCAGCAGGAGGAGGACAUACCUCACAAUGAAGUAAAAAACUGGGCCUUAAAGUUUGGCGUGGAUCUAUGGGAGUUCGGUAAACAAGUAACUAAAAUGGGCGAGAUACAGAGAAAAUACCACGAGGAGGAGGCCGACAUCGCAAGAAAAGACGGUCUUGUCCUCGUUCGAGAAAUGGCCGCGGAGGUGAAAAACAUGAUGGACUUUAAAAUGAACGCCGUGAUGAGAUUAGUGGAGAGCGCCGAGCAGGCCGCGGUGUCGGUGCCGAGAGAAGGGAACGUGUCGCCCAAGUAUUACGUCUCGCAUCGGCUUAACAACCUCGUCAGCGACGAGAAGGGUUUCGCGCAGGAGAUGUUCCUCGCCGCCAAUCGUCACUUCGACCACUUGGCGGUGAACGUCACCUUGUCCGCCGUCCUCCUGCCGAACGGAGUUCAAGACAACGAACGUGACGUCGCUUCGGGUAUCCAGUGGAGCGAGUAUCUGGAUCUCUUGUUUGUUAAUAAUUACGAGAGCGACCCUACGCUGUCGUGGCAGUAUUACGGAGCGACCACGGGAUUCCUGCGUCGCUUCCCAGCGAUAUCGUGGCCGCCGGUGGAGGUUACGUCCAGAACGUCCAAGUCCGCCUUGCAUCGGACCGCCCGCGACGUGUACGACUUUAGGAUGGCGAAUUGGUUCGUCGGCGCGGCGAACAGCCCGAAGGACCUGGCGAUACUGAUAGACAGCGCGACCUACAAGUCCGACCGGAAUCGCCGGUUGACCAUCGCCACGACCAGGAUCAUCCUGGACACCCUCGGGCCGGACGACUACGUGAACGUGUACCGAUACGGCGAGAACGCGGAGGAGAUCGUGCAGUGCUUCAAGGACAGUCUGGUGCAGGCGUCGCCCGAGAACGUCCAGGAGAUGAAGAUGGCGUUGGGCUCGGUGAAGCACGAGGAGUCCGCGACCAACAUCUCCGCGGCGCUCAGCACCGCCUUCGAGAUCCUCCACAAGUACAAUCGCACCGGUCAGGGCAGCCAGUGCAAUCAGGCGAUAGUGCUGAUCACGUCCGACAACGACGGCGCACCGACGGAGGUGAUAAAGCGUUACAACUGGCCGCACAUGCCCGUGCGGAUCUUCACUUACCUCAUCGGCGGCGACAAGAGCCCGGAGCUCCGGAACACCGCCUGCACCAACAAAGGAUUUUACGCGAGGAUAACUGACGCGGAGGAUAUCCACAACAAGGUCUUUGAAUACGUAAAAGUCCUGGCGCGGCCUAUGGUGCUUUACCAGCACGACCAUCCGAUACACUGGAGUCCCGCCUACGUGGGCGGAAAGAGCAGUAGGUACGGCCGAGAAAACCGCGGGCAACUGAUGACGUCUGUGACAGCCCCGAUUUUAGAUCGCCGGAAUUACACGGUGAAAACGGCCAAUUUAUUGGGUAUCGUUGGUACCGACGUACCUGUUGAGGAGAUUCAGAAACUCGUGCCGCCUUACAAGUUAGGAGUUAAUGGAUAUUCGUUUAUUGUUGACAAUAAUGGCAGAGUUCUGUAUCAUCCUGACCUUCGGCCUCUCCCCGGAAAUAUGGAGUACGAGGAAACACUAAAGCCUUCGUAUAUAAGUGUAGAUCUAUCGGAAGUCGAGCUCGCAGAAUACGACGGACCUUCCCACUCGCUGAACAACUCGAUCUUGCUCGAUCUGAGGCACGACAUGAUCGAUCAAAAGGAAGGAGAAACGGACUUUGCAAUCAAAAUGCAUUACGAUGAUAUGAAGAGAGUCACGAUUAGACGGCACAACUACUUUUACAAGCCGAUCGACGGCACGCCGUUCUCCUUGGGCCUGGCUUUACCGGAAGGCUACGGCAUGUUUGAAUUGCGGGCCGAAAAGGAAAUCAAACACGCUAUCAUAAACGUAACGGAGUUCUUCAAAGGGAACAAUUGGAAGGUGCACCCCGAUUGGGUGUACUGCGAGUACAAUUCGGCUUCCGAUAAAUUCUUUUCCUCCCCGGAGGAACGCGUCCUGCAUUUUUUGACACGGAUGCGCAGACCGGGGUGGAAGUGGAUGUCCUUGAGACCAAGGAGUCCCAGCUCGCACCAUAAGCAGGCGAGCAAGCCGGAUAAAGAUGCUUAUUAUUGCGAUAAGAGAUUAGUGCAGUCCUUGGUGUUGGACGCCGAGGUGACGGAUGGAUUCGAUAAGAGGACAAGCGGUACGAUGCACAAGGAGGAAAAUCAAAACCCUAUUGCCAUACUGAUGGCUCUACUGCACAGUCAGGGCAAGGGUAGAUUCGGCGUCACCAGGAGCUUCAUCGCUACCAGGAGCGGGCUUCUGCGUUGGCACGAGCACCAGCAGAACGACGACAGCACCGACGAACCGCUGUUCGCGGAAAGGCACGCGAGAGCCAUGGACUCGUCGUGGUACAAACGCGCGGUGGAUCAACACUCCAUAGAACCGGAGAGCUUCGUCUUCAGCGUACCGUUCGAUGCGGCCGAUACGGCCGAUCCGCUCGUCACCGCGACUCACGCGGUGUUCUACGGCAAAGGCCACAAGGCUCCGGCGGCGGUGGUGGGCUUGCAGUUUCAGCAUUCGUCCUUGGCGACUCACUUCGUCAAUAUCACAUCUACGUGCACCGGUAUGGCGGGCUGCAAGAAGAACUGCGCGUCGGAGGAGCUGGAUUGUUACAUUCUGGACAACAACGGAUUUAUCAUCAUAAGCGAGCGUCACGAGCACACCGGCAAGUUCUUCGGCGAAAUAGACGGGACUAUAAUGGACUCCUUGGUGCAAGACAGGAUUUACAGGAAAGUAACCGUCAUCGAUUAUCAAGGAACUUGUAGCCCGCAAGAGUCUCACCAGUCGUCGGCGCCGCGAGCAUUGUCCAGCUUUAUCAUCAAGAUAACAGCCACGUUCGGCAAAUUUCUCUGGACCUUGGCUUUAAGCCUCAAUUUUCAAGACCUGUGGCAGACAGUGUCGGCGUUCGCCAACGACGCGAUGCACUCGUUAGACGACGAUCUGGUGUUCAACGACGACGGGGAGUCGCGAGACGCCGAGACGUCCAUCGACUCGACGGACGAGGCGACGCCGGACGAGAACAACGUGUUCGCGAGGUUCCCAGCGAUCGCGCCCGCGACGCCCGCCUCGCCGCCGACCACUCGAGCCACGUCCGCGCAUUACCCGCCGCAGAAGUUGCGCACGUGCGAGAAGAAGACGGAUCUGUACAUCUUGCAGCCGGAGAGACUCAACACCAGCGGCCAGAGCAACCCUCUCAAAGGGAAACUCACCAAUUGUCACGUAACCGGAUGCGAGAGACCGUUCAGCGUCCAGAAGAUCCGCCACACGAAUCUGAUACUGCUGGUCGUCGACACGCUGUGUCCGUGCGGCAGCAAGCAGCUCAGUAUCGAGCCCAUAGAGGCUCUCACGGAGCCCGGCGCGUGUACAGCGAGACGGGAGCGCCUUUACCGGCGAAGACCACCGAAAUGCAUCAACUACCACCCUGAAGAGAUGGAGAUCAAAUUCUGCGGCGGCGCGUGCCGCCUAUUUAAUUUCUCGUCGUUGAGUCUUAUGGUUCUCUUAUCCAUCGUUACAGUGCGGCUUGCGUGACUCUGUCAGGAUUAAUUGCGCACACGUUUACAAAUUUACCUUUUUAAAAUGGAUUUAGCGUUGUCGUUUCUAUGAAACAGUUACAUAAAGAGAAGAGAGAGCAGCAGGUAAUAAGAGCGAAAGAGAGGGAGAGAAAGAAAGAGAAAGAGAGAGGGGGAGAAAGAGGGAGAGAGAGAGAGAGAGAGACCAGUGUGCUAGGUUCGCGAAUUACAUUAUACUACGUGAGGGUGGUGAAAUAUAUAUACAUACACAUACAUUAUAUAUAUAUGUUACGUAUGUUACAUAUCCGAUUAUAAAUUCUGUUACGCGAGAGUCCUGAAUAUUUAUGUGUGUGCGGUCUCGCACGCGCGUCGAAAUUUAUCCUCGAUACCGGACAAAGCAAUAAGUGCCCCAAUAUAAAACACGAAGUGUAAUAACGCGAGACGAUCGCGAGAGAGAACGGGAGAUUAUUCGAGAUUUGCGUGGACGCGGAGUCGGUCGCUCGGUUCACGACACACAACGUCGUAGCGGUCGUAGCGAUGCGCGAGGCAAUCGACGAGCGGUCGUGCGAGAGUCCUUCCGACCUUUGACAGCGGCCGCCGGGGAGGUCGCCCUCCGGUUUCCCUACCCCCGGCCGCGCUUCCACGUCCGUCGUUCUCACGAAGGAUUGCUCGAGAAGGUUUCAUUUCUCCGGCGCGAUUCCCUCCUUCAUAGCAACAGAGAGACCCGCGCCCCCUCGUCGGCCGUGUCCGUAGACCAUCGCCUCGAACGAGGCGAACGUUCGUCGCGCACCUGAGCUCUCUCUCCGAUGCUCUCCGAGCGUCCGCCACGUACAAAAGAGCGCGAACGCCCGGUGAAGCGUACUACCUCGACGCGCUUUUGAAUCUCGCUCAUUGCAUUUCCGUCGCUUCGCAGCGGCUGAUCGCGUACCCGACCGACCGGGCAGGCCUAAGUUCGAACCGCCGAUCCGAACGCGACUGAACGCGGUUCACCCGACGAAGAGCGGAUAUUCGGAAGCGUAACGGAGGAUACCGCGGCGUGCUCGUCACUCCGAGCAUUCGCGAGCGCAUUCGCGAACACCGUUCGAUGCCGGGGAUUCGCAUUGCCACCGGAACCGCUUCCUCGUCGAACGUAUGCAGCUGCUGCGAGAGUAUUACAUAUCCAGUCUCGUUCUCGCGUCUUUCUCCCGCCGGGAAUGCCGUGCGAUCGCACGUGUACGCAUCAACGUACGAAUCAGUACGACGGCUUGCCUAUUCCUUUUUCUACACGGGGAAAAAUAUGACUCCACUGCUAAGAAAAGCGCGAUUACUCCGUUUACUUUCCUUUGAGCGACGAUUAUCCCCAGCGAAGAAUUUGGUUUGCAAUAGUCUAAAAAUAUACUCAUCACAAACCUGAGAUAAGCUCAUUAUCGCGUAUUCAAAAGAAGAAUUUAUUCUCUUUCGAAAGUUCAAUUCGGUUAUUCUGAAUAAACCAAAUGCGAAGUUUGUGUUUUAAUUUAAUUAAAAUUGAUUGAAAUAUUAAACUAACUAGGAUUCAGAAUAUAUUUUGAGUGAAUUCGAUGCCUUAUAUGAUGGAGUUGUGAUAUAUGUGCGGAUGGAAACUUACGAAGUGCUUGAAAUAAGUAACACUUGAGAAUACAGAAUAUGUAUUGUUCUGUGUGUAGCAGGCACACGCGCUCGGACGCAGACUCGGCACGAGUCCGUUCUGGGUUUGCGCGCCUGCCGACGAGGGCAACCCGUCACGCUGACCCGUGCGUUGACGCAACGCACAGUUUCACAGCGGGGAGCAAAAUAUCGCGUCUGAGUGCGCGAUUUUGCGAUCAGCGGCGGAUUCGUUCCGGUGUAAAUGCGAAUCAGCUGCGGCGCGACUGUCCCUCACACCUCCGGCGAGGUAUUGUCGUACCUCCCGUGAAAACGGGAGAUUCGCCGAGAAGAGUCUCCCCCCUUUUCCCCGAUCCCGUCGUACUCGGAUCGAGUGUUUUCGUCGCGACGUAGACUGAUACCGGGAAUCGCUUAAAAAACUAGUUCAAUAGCGCAAACGAGUGAUGAGGAUAAUCAAAAUAGCAGAGCAAUAAACGAGAGAGAGAGGAGAAGCCGUUACCGUGAAGAGAAUUAAUUAAUCGGUUCGCGCGCGGGCGAGUCGGGGAAAUCGACGUCGUUCGGUUCCACCACCGAGACGGCCGAGCAAUGAACUUCCCCGGGACGUGGCCUACGGAGGAACGAUCUGACUCGACUACACUCCGCGUUGGCAUCGCCAUCCACGUCGUCUCACGUAACACCAAGCUCGACGAUAUGAAUUCUGUCAUUCACGCUCGAUGAGUUUUCUACACGCGACCAGAGUCGCUCUCCCGCCGGGGAGAGCGCGGUCGAUUAUAAUUCGGAUUCCGCUGCGAACGCGACGAUAAAUAUCUCGGCCUAGCAGCAGCAUCGACGUCCCUACGUCGUUAUGUCGAACGACGACGCGUCUUUCGGUUGCGUUAAUUACGGGUUGUACAAUCUCGGACAGAGAGAGAGAGAGAAAGAGAGAGGUUCUCCGUCUUCUUCUUCGUCAAUCAGUCAGGAUUACUUCGCGCCAUCUCCGUCUCUUCGACGCGAUUGCCGGUACCGAGUUCGUUCUUCCGGAAGAAGGAGAGCGAUAUUUCCGAGAGAGCCGGCGCAUCGCACGAACUUUUCGCGCAGAGUCGCGGGCCACUACCUGUGAGAGAUCCGCGUGCUACCUCGCAUCGCGGCACUCCCGACACUCGCGACGACCGUGUCCGUUUCUAAGAUCCGUUUCUGAGAAUAUUAAAUAAUCGUAUUAUUCGAAACUCGACUCAAAUGAGAUACUCGGCUCGGGAUUUAGAGUUAGAUCCGAAUUUGCCGGUCGAGUCUCGCGGUCCGCACACGUGUGACGUUACGUUUGCUCUCGGUUCAACGGUAAAGUUCAGAUCUAACUUUCAACUGAAAUCUGGGCCUGUAUUAACAGUUGUCACUUGAAACUCGUCUCGUGUGAAAUAUUCAGUAUCUAAUUCAAAGUUAGAUCCGAGCUUGAAUCGUAUGGUGUACUUGACAUUACGUCUGUGAACGCUGUUCAACUUAAGAACUCAUAUCCGGCUGUGAUUUCAAAUCUGAAUAUCUUAUCUGAGACAGGUUUCGAGUACAAACACUUUUAAUACGGUAUCUUGGUAUCUCACGGCCGCUAAUACGGGUCUUAAGCUUGAUAUUAGUAAUUGUCACUUGAAACUUGUAUCUCAAGUGAGUGAUACUCAGACGUGAAUCUCCAGUUAGAUCUGAAAUUUUCAGCUGAGUCGCAAUCACAAGUGAUGAUGUCAAUCAGGUGUGUAUCGUAAAGUUUAACUGAGGAAAAUUCAGACCUAACUCUCUCCAAUUAGUUCAAAUCCGAGUAUCUCACGCGAAGUUUCAAGUAACGUCUAUUAUAACACAGGCCUGAAACUUUUAAAUCAAAUUCUCGAUGGAGACGCUUGAGAUGCCCGCCGAGUUUUACAUCGGCGUAGCUUUCGCGCCCUGAGGCAAAGAGAGAAAGAGAGAGAGAGAGAGAGAGAAAAGCCACCCGAGGCUCGAUGCGCUAUAGAAAUUUUCCAUCCGUGUCACAAACGCACACGUAUAUACGGGAAUUACGUUGCUCCAGAGGCGAAAACCAAAACAACCAAAAAAAAAAAAGAAAAAUU